UCUAUUGGAAAAAAAAAAAAAAAAAAAAAAAAAGACUUACGAGGCCUAAAUAAUCAUUGCAUAUUAGGGUGUAUAAGUCAUUCAAUAAAAAAUUUAAUGCCGGAUGUAUUCAACAAUAUAUGAGGUGCUAAAAAAGCCUUUAAAGUUUCUAUUUUCUUUUCCCUGCUCAUUUUUGUUUUAUUUGUUCAUUGACUACUGGUUCUUUUUUUUUUUUUUUUUUUUGCAGAACUCAUUUUCCGGUAACUGAAAAUGAUUCAACAACUUAAACUGAGUUAUCAAGGACUGUAAGAUCAAAUCGAAUUGUCAAAUACGUGUUGGCAUUGAGUCAAAUAUCAGACCACAGUGAGUCCAUGUAACAUUUAUGAAUAAAAGAUGCAUCUAAAAGAAAAUUUAAAGUUUUAGAUUUUUUUUUAAAUUUUAAAACAUUGAUCUUCUAUCUUUUUACUUGUUCAUUCAGUUACCGUUUGCAGUACCCGAUUUACAGCAACUGUUUUUUUUUUUUCUGAUGGCAUUGAGCGCCCAAAGAGCUACUGCAUCUCUUCUUUCGAAUGAAUCAGCUCCUCGAUGGAAGUAUGAUGUGUUUUUGAGUUUUAGGGGUGUAGACACCCGCAAGGGUUUUGUAUCCCAUUUAUACCAUGAAUUGUGCAAGUGCCAAGGGAUUACUACUUUCUUUGACGAUCGAGAGCUUGAAGGAGGAACAAGUAUUUCCCUUGAGCUCCUGAGUGCGAUCAAAGAAUCGCAUAUUGCAAUUGUUGUCCUCUCACCAAACUAUGCCUCUUCUAAAUGGUGCUUGAACGAACUUACAACCAUUCUUCAAUUCAUGGAAGCCAGGAACUCAGUUCUGCCGGUCUUUUACGAGACGGAUCCAUCUGACGUUGGAAAUCAACGGGGAUGUUUUGCCAAAGCCUUCUUGGAGCAUGAAGAAAAGUUGAUCAGUAUCGAAGAUAAAAAGAAGGUGGUCCAAUGGAAAGCUGAUCUAAAAAGAGUGUCCAAAAUUCGUGGUUGGCAUUCGAAGGAAUCUAAGUAAGCAUGCAUGGACAACUUUAAUU